AUGACACACACAACGUCGGACUACGACUACAUCUUCAAGCUGAUCCUCAUCGGCGACUCGGGAGUGGGCAAGAGCUGCCUGCUCACGCGCUUCGCAGACGAGACCUACCACGACGCCACCCUUUCCACCAUCGGCGUCGACUUCAAGUUCCGCAACGUCACACUCGCCGACAAGACCGUCAAACUCCAGGUCUGGGACACUGCCGGCCAAGAGAAGUUUCGCACGAUCGUGGCGAGCUACUACCGAGGCGCGCACGGCAUCCUGCUGGCCUACGACACCACCAACGCAGCCUCGUUCGAGAACCUGGGCUACUGGCUCCAGGAGGUGAAGCGAUUCGGGUCGUUGACGUGCCCCGUGGUGCUGGUGGGGACCAAGACCGAUCUCAAGUCGAAGCGCGUCGUGCCCGAGGAGGCAGUGCGCGCCUUCGCCGAGCAGUACUGCGGCGGGGCCAACACGCUGGUGGAGACUUCGGCCAAGACGAACGAGGGCGUCGAGCAGGCCUUCCAGCUGCUGGUCCAGCAGGUCUUCAAGCAGCGGGUGAACGUCGACAUGGAACCGCCCAGGCAGGUCCCGCGAUCACUCCUCCAGCCCACGCCAGAUGACUACACCGCCUCGCGAUGCGGGUGUUGA